AUGCCCUCCCUCUUCAGCACCCUCGCAAGCCUCGCGCUGCUGGCCAGCACCAGUCUUGCCGCACCGCUCGCACCGCUCGCACCUCGCGCCCCAGGCGCCCAGAACGUCGUCUACUGGGGCCAAAACGGCGGCGGCGUCGUCGAGAACAACGCCCUCGCAGCUGACUGCACCGCCUCGUCCGGCAUCGACAUCAUCGUCCUCGCCUUCCUGUACCAAUACGGCAACGGGCACACGAUCCCCUCCGGCACCAUCGGCCAGUCGUGCUACAUCGCCCCCUCGGGCGAGGGCCAAAACUGCGACGCCCUCGCCAAGGCCAUCGACACCUGCCGAACCAACGGCGUCAAGGUGCUCCUCUCCCUGGGCGGCGCCUCGGGCGCCUACUCGCUCACCUCGCAGCAGGAAGCGGAAGCCAUCGGCCAGAACCUCUGGGACGCGUACGGCAAGCCCGGCUCCAACGCGGCCGUCCCGCGCCCCUUUGGCAACACCUCGGUCGACGGGUGGGACUUUGACAUUGAGAGCAACGCCGGCAACGGCUUCUACCAGUUCAUGAUUGCGAAGCUGCGGGCCAACUUUGCCUCGGACCCGGGGCGCGCGUACCUCGUCACGGGGGCGCCGCAGUGCCCCAUCCCGGAGCCCAACAUGAAUGAGAUUAUUACCAAGGCGCAGUUCGACUAUCUAUGGGUGCAGUUCUACAAUAACCCGGGGUGCUCGGUCGACGGGACCAUCAACUUUGCCGAAUGGAAGAGCAACGUGGCCGGCACGCCGUCGGCCAAUGCCAAGAUCUUCAUUGGCGUGCCGGCCUCGCCGCUCGGCGCGACGGGCACGGCCUCCGGCGCCAGGUACUACCUCGAGCCGGGGAAGCUGGCGGCCCUCGUGGGCCGGUAUAGUAGCGAUCCCGCGUUUGGCGGCGUCAUGAUGUGGGCGGCGGGCUUUUCGGACGCCAAUGUGCGUGAUGGGCGGACGUAUGCCCAGGUGGCCAAGGCCAUUCUGGCCAAUGACACGGCUGUCCCGACGGAUGUUGAUGCGAGCGCUUGCUAG